AUGAUGGAUGUCGCUCUUAUAACAGCAAAUGCUAAUCAACUUAGAUUCAUUGUUGAAUAUAAUCAAAGUUCAAAAACUUAUGUUUUAGCAAUUGCCCUAAUUAUAAUUAGUUUGGUUUUACAAAUGAUCGUCGGAAUUUGUCUCAUUUUUAAAGGUAGAUUGGAUUUAAAAGGAGAAGAUAAAUUUAGACAUGCAAAUAAAAUGAAUAAUUAUAUAGUCGUUGGAGUUUUUAUAAUAACAAUAGUUAACGUUUUUGUAGCUGCAUUCAGUACAGGACCACCACCACUACAAAAAUAUUCACAAUGA